CCAUCAAACCUUAAAGAAGAAGAAGUGACGUCAGCAGAAGGCAGAGUGAACAGACGGAUGAAAACAAGGAAGUAGCCAGGAAGCGAAUUUUGUGUUUUAAUUAAUUUGUAUUCCACGAAGAACAAUGAACAACAAAGGGUCAUAUCCACAACAGGCUGUGUAUCCUCAGCAGAGCACAGCACCCAUAUACCCUCCUGCUAUGCAAGUGCCACCACCCCAGGUACCCCCAUACACAGAUGCCCCUCCUGCCUAUUCUGAGAUUUAUCAGCCAAGGUAUAUGCACCCACCCCAGGUUACUGGGCAGCUACCUCCAAUAACCACUGCUUACCCUGCAACUCAGAUGUUUGUGCCCAUGCCCCAGACUGUGCCCGUUGGCGCAAUGACCCCUAAUGUUCCCAUGGGUUACUACCCCAUGGGACCCGUGUAUCCUUCAGGCUCCACAGUACUAGUGGAAGGGGGAUUUGAUGCUGGAGCUCGAUUUGGUCCUGGUAGCACUGCUUCCAUACCUCCCCCUCCUCCUGGACAUGCUCCAAAUGCAGCACAGCUGGCAGCAAUGCAGGGUGCAAAUGUGGUGAUGACACAACGCAAGAGCAACUACUUCAUGGGUGGUUCAGGAGGGGGUUACACUAUUUGGUAACAGUGAGAAGGAAGUGAUUGGACCUUGACUUUUCCCCUUGUCUGGUGGUCUCUCUCUCUCUCUUUUUUUUUUUCCCCCCUCUCUCUCUCUCUCUCUCUCUCUCUCUCUCUCUCCCCCUUCUCUCCUGCCCCUUCAGGGCAGCUUGGCUAUGCCAUGAUAGUGAUACAACAGAAUGUAAUGUUUUAUAGUCCCCACUAACAGGACAGUCCUUUGUUGAUAUCUUUCAGUUUAAAAUACAUGAUAAAACACUGCAAACUUCUUUUAGACCACGUUUGUUUAUGGUUGGAAAACACAUUUUUAGUUAAUUUCUAUCUAUGUGGCAGAUAAAUGUUUUUUUUUUCAUGUUCAACCACACAUUUACUACUAUUGUUCUUAAGUUAGCUCUGCCCCAUCAUUUAUUUACACGUUGUAGCUAUUAAAAUGGCUUCUAAUAAUAUAUUUAUUUUAAUGACAUACAAUAACAGCAGUUAUAUAGUGGAAUAUUUUACCCAUUCUAAUUAGAGUACUGUACUUCUGGGAAAGAUGAGAGAAAUAGACUUGGCUGUCAAAAUUGAGAACCACAACUUUAAUAUUACAGAUUAAAAUGCAGUAAAUAAGCCCUCAUAUUCGAUUCAGAAUGUUGGUUGGCUUUUUAAUUAUGUCCACAUCAUGUCGGAUACCCAGAACUGUAUAUAAUCCUUGUUUAACUUUAGUUUAGUGAAAGUUUACUUCUCCCAAAGGGUUUGUUCGUCACAAUUUAAUUUCUUUAGCAUUAUUCUCAACGUUGAAUUAAUCAGAAGUUUAGAGGUUAAACAAGCCUUUUUUUUUUAAUAAAGAAUGUGCUUAAGCACAUCAAACAGUUAUUUCUCCCUCUAGUGAACAUUGAAAUGUAUAACCAAGGAGCGGUUGUACCAAAGAUCCGGAUUAGAAUGCACUAAAAGCUUUUAAUGUGACUUGACAUUCUUCUCUGAAUAAUUCUGCACAUUAUGAUAAGUGAUAAACAUAUCAGAAACAUAUUGAUAACUGCAUCAUGAUGGUUCUGCAUGCUUUUUGCACUUUUAUUCAAAGCUAUUUUGUUUUAAUAAAGAUUUAUCAGCAGUAAUUUUUAGAAAUACUACACAUUAAUGUGCACUGUCAACCAACUCUGCAAUGUCAAUUUUUUUUUUGUAUACUCAUGCUUUAUACAUGCAAAUACAGUGUCUGUCAUUAAAUUUUGUUGUGUGGA